AUGACAGCCAAAGAAAUUUUCUUCGAUAUCAUAAACUAUUUCCAUAAGGAUGACAACUUCAAUCGAAUAACAUUUGGGCUCUCUAAUACUUCUUCGCUGUUUAGGCUAAUCAGGUGGAGAGCAUCUGAUGCAAUUCUACUUUUAUUAUUGUUUAUUUUGGACUUUUUUGUUGGUAAUCUUUCUCCAUUUGAAAGACAAUUUUAUAUCAAUGACCUCACUAUAGCGCAUCCCUUUGCCGAGAGGGAAAGAGUUAAUGACAUUGAAUUAUUCUUAUAUGCGGUGUGGUUUCCAUUGGUGGUAAUAUUUGCUCUAAGCCUUAUAAUAACAAAGCCACGAAACAAGAUAUAUGUUACACUCGUUUCUUUACUUGGUCUAGGAAUUUCUGUAUUCUCUACAAGUAUAUUUACAAAUAUUUUGAAGAAUUUCAUAGGCAGACAUAGGCCCGAUUUUUUAGCUAGAUGUGUUCCCAAAAAGGACACACCUAAAGACAUGUUAGUGUUUGCGAAAGAUGUCUGUACAAGUAAAGAUCUCAAAAUUCUCAAGGAUGGCUUUCGUACUACACCAUCUGGCCACUCUUCUAUGAGUUUUUCGGGGUUGUUCUACUUGUCUAUGUGGUUAAGUGGUCAACUAGUGGUAACAAAUGAGCUUACCGGGAGCUGGAGAACCACAAUUGCAUUUAUCCCAACUCUAGGCGCGUCGCUUAUUGCAAUAAGCAGGACAGAGGAUUACAGACAUCAUUUUGUUGACAUAAUAAUUGGUGCAAUCAUUGGCACAGCCAUCGCCUCAUGGUCAUAUUUUCGACUUUUUCCUUCGCUAUUUCAUAGAAGAUGCUAUGAGCCUAUAUUAAUAAUCAAGGAAAGCGGAAAUGAGGAAGAAAGCGAGACUAACUUCUCGUAUAAUACUCUCAAUAACGAUGUAUUGUGA